UCGAAGCGUACAGAUCGUGGAAUAAUCGAAAACAAAUUUAAUUCGUCUAAAAUUACAUAAUGGAAUCAGGGCCAUACGGCGAAGCCGAUGCCCAGUCGGACGACAUAGACAGUGUGUAUAAAAUCGGUAUAAGUGUAGCAGGUGAUACGAGUAGAUUAUUAACAUCGGAAACGUUAAAAAAUGCUAUUAGCAAAAUUAAUAAAAUGGAAAGUGAUUUAACUAAAGUGAAUAAAAAAGAAAUAAAUAGUAAAAGUAAGGCAAUUAAAAAAAUAAAUCAUGAAAUGUUAAAAAAUGCAAUAAAACAACAAUCAAACAAUAAAACAGUUAAUGAUAGUGAAGGUAAUAAAAAAAAUAAUACACAAAAUUGGGCAGAAGAAAUGGAAGAAGGCGAAAAUAAUAAUGAUCAAAAUAUAUUAGAAGAAUAAAAAAAAAACAAGACAAUGCAUUAGUACCAACAAGGGUAUGCGUAAUAACGUUCAGAGGUCAACGUUUACCUGACCGUGUUUCGAUAUACGCUGUCAAAUGCAGGGUCGAAAUUUACAACAAAGUGACACAAUGUUUUAAAUGCCAAGG